AUGGUCGAAUCCGAGAACUUGCCAACACAGCCCCUGUCGGUGCAGACCAUCCCAAGCCGACCUAGGAAGCGUAUCGGAUUCCGAAAGUCCCGGAACGGCUGCCUGCGAUGUAAGACGAGAAAGGUCAAGACCUGCGUGCCUUCACAAUCACCCUUGGGGGAUGAUGGACCACUGGCCUCUACUACAGGGACUCCUCUCGUCCCAUUCCCGUUUUUAUCGGUGGAUCCGGCUGACGCACCCGAGUGCUGGCUUUCCAAUGCCGAGCUCAUCUUCCAUUAUACCAAUGUGACCUGCCGCUCCAUCCUCUCGGGACACGCCAUGCCGACAUACCAGGUCGUUAUCCCGCAGGAGGGCCUUUCUCACCCCUACCUCAUGCGCAUGAUCAUGGCCCUCUCCUCGUUCCACUUGGCGUACCUGAACAAGGACAAGCGGCCGCACUAUCUAGCCCUCGCCAAUAAGCAGCAGAGCCUGGCCGUUCGAGGCCUGCGAGGGACCCUUGGACAGGCCGUCACUCAGCAAAACUGCCACGCUCUCUGGGUCUCAUCCAUCUUCCUUGCCAUCAGCAAGUUUGCAUUCUCCCCGAGUUGUGACCACCGUCAGGAUGGCUGCUGCUCCGCGUUGUUAAACUUGGUUGAUAUAUUCUCCAUGAUCAACGGCAUGAUGGCAAUUAUGCGCUCAUCGCUCCAUCUUAUCCAAACUGGACCGUUGAAAGCCAUAUUUAAUAAGCGGCAGGGCUUUCGAUACGCUAGAGAGAAUCUCCAGGAGUUGUUGCAAAGGCUAUCCGACCUCGAUGGAGUACUCAAGUCUAUGGAACUUGACUUGGAUCCGUCUGUCCAUCUAGCCCUGACUUCGGCUCUCGAGCGCCUCAUCAGCUGCGUUACCGAUAUUAUUAAGCCCCCUGACAGCGGGUCUUGCUCUAUGGACAUCAAGAUUCUCUUUAUCUGGCCGUCCGAGGUUUCCCAGGGAUUUUUUGACUUGGUGAGGGCCCGCCAUCCUCUGGCCGUCAUCAUCCUGGCGCACUACUGUUGCUUGAUUCGCUGGUCUGCGUCAGCAUAUUGGUUUUGCCGAUGUUGGGGACGCCCCCUGGCGGAUUCUGUCUUGAGCAUACUUGAGGACUCGGAUUUGGCGCACUGGGCUGAGUGGUCGGUGAAGGUGAUGAGAGAGGAUGAAUAG